GUUCAUAGAGGAUGGAGAUCCCCUUAUAUCUCAUUGGAGUUUUUAUGUUGUUUGUUCCUGAAAUAAAUUCGGGUGGAUCUAGAAAUGACAACGUUAUUCUUUCGCGUCGUAAAAGAUAUGUAGCUUUCCCAGACGGAUCUACUCUGAUCUGGGCGUUUUGCAUGACGGCUCAAACUAUCCUUCCAAUGGGAAUUUUUACAGAGGGGGUGAAUUGGGGUGUUGCUUAUGAUUUGCCCAACAGGACCACGUUUAGAGAGUAUUUUGAGGAUAAGUCUAAUUACAUUCUAAGAAGAAGACACCGUAGGGAUUUGUACAGUAAGGCGGAAGUUAUCAUGGAUUCAAUGGGUUUUGAUGGCAGAAGUUGUAUCUAUAGAGCUUUAUGCGAAGCAUCUCGUUUGCGUCGUAAAAGUCCCACUUUAUCAGAAGAACUGAUCCGCCUUGUCUUCAAGUUUCCGGGACAGAGCAUAUCGCUAUUCGAGCCUGAAGAGCAUCGCUUAUAUCAUUCAGCGUAUCGACGAGGACGAGAAAACAAGCAACAGGAUUGUGCCAGGAUGUUCCCGGCAUGUUCAAUCUCGCUCAUAGAUCUAGCUUUAGGAUAUUACAACGAUUACGCAGAGGAACCUCAUUAUCAAGUAUCAAGAUCCAAUUUAUGACGGAAAUUGAUGCAAAAAAAAUU